AUGAAGACUUUUGAGGAUCUUCCAUGCGAAUGUAUUCUAGAGAUAUUUUUAUAUUUCGAAGAUAAUUAUUCAACUCUUUAUAGGUGUUUACUCGUUAGUCGUUAUUGGUGCAAAUUAGUAGUCCCUAUAUUAUGGCGUAAUCCUUUUCACUAUUGGUGGCGUAGCUCUUCUCGACCUGUUGAAAAUAUUAUCGAAAAUAACUGGCACUUAUUGCGCAGAACUUAUAUGGCAACGCUAAAUGAAGUUGAAAAGGAAAUCCUACACCCGUAUGAUAAACGCUAUAAUCCCUCGCAACCGUUGUUUCAGUAUUCUUCAUAUUUAGAAAAAUUUUCAUUUGCAGAUAUCGCAAAAAUAAUAGUGGAAUGUUGGAAAGGACGCAAUAAGUCUGUUAAUCUAUUUAAAAAAAUACGUAUUGAAAGGCUCGGAAGGAUCAUGACUGCCAUUUUUCAAUUGGUCUUGAGAACUAGUAGUUUAAGAGAGAUUGAAAUCUUUGAUUAUUAUGGUGUUCGGAAUGACAAACAAUUUACCUACGAUAUUUUGAAUGUCAUUUCAUUUUCCUCCUAUCAACCCAUAUUCUCACAAUUACGCAAUUUGACAAUACAUAUUAAGCAAGGUCCAUAUAUUAAGGAGUUAUUAAGAAAUUCAUCAAAAUUGUGUACCAACCUUGAAAGGCUAGAAUAUAAGAUUGAACGAUAUAUAGAUCCUAAAACCGUGGACUCAUUUGCUGACAUCAUAACCGCACAAUCUAGUUUAAAGAAAUUUUCAAUGAAAAUUCAUGAAAUAGUCUACCAAAGAAGAUUUAUAAGUCAUUUAGAUUCUCAGAAGGAAUCUUUAACAUCACUUUCUUUACACCAUGUCAAUUUCUCAACCAUUAGUCUGAAUAGCAUUGCAAAGUUUAUAAAGUUAGAAUCCAUGGAACUACAUAGUUGCUAUUGGCCUACGAAGGGCAGCUGUGAAAUGUUUAUGCAAUCAUCAAUUCAACUCAAGAGUUUAACUUUUGACACAUUUUACUUCGAUGAUAUGCUUUUACCUACACUCAUCGAAAAAGGAGGCAAAAAUUUGUUGAAUUUGUACAUUGACAAAGUAUCCGAAAAAGUGGUGAUGGCAUUGUCUCAAUUCUGUCCAAACAUAUCAAAAUUCACGUUACAUCACAAGAUACAGGACUAUAACAUGUUUAUGAUUUAUUUAAAAGUGUCCAGGAUAAGUCAAUUAGUCAUUAAAUCUUACAGUAUUUCAGUUGAAUUAUUAAGUGUUUUGGCAAGAUAUGUUCCUUCUAGCUUAGAAGAAAUAUAUCUUUGUUGCCAUUUUAGACCAGGGUUUCUCGCGAUAUUUCUAAUAGACUAUAAUGAUUUGUCACUCAACACAUUGAAGACUUUACGUAUUAAGGAUCUUGACGGUUAUUCUCAUGAAUACCUUAAGGUAAUUGAGCGUCAUGUUGUGUACAAUGCUUUGAAAACUAUUGUGAUAGAAACUACGGUAUGUGUAGAUAAGUCGUCGAAUUUAAUUCAGAACAUUAGAAAGAAAGGAAUUAAUAUUAUUUUGCAAGAGGUGUUUUAG